AUGGACGCAAAGAUAACACUGAAAGAGCGGUUUCUCAAAAUUGUUCCGCCAUUCAUGAAAGAUCCUUCCGUCUGGGUUCCGCUCGUCGUCGGGCUCUACGUACUCAUCCUUGGCCUCUGCCUCACCGGUGCAUUAAAGAGGCAAAAAACAUCCAUCCGAGAGCUCAGAAGAGAGCAGAAGAAAAUCUUUACUCGGAAUGUUGGAGAGAGUGAGGAUGGGGCUCCUGUCAAGCAGAUGAAUGCUGGGAUUGGGAAGCGGCGCAAUGGAAGGAAAGGGGUUGAGAUGGGAGCCUGGAACAACAUCGGCUGUCGAUGA